AUGAUUGAUAAAUAAUUUUCAAGUGCUUGAAUCAGUAUAUAAAUGAAUUGACAUAAAUAUAUUUUCAUAGGUUUUUUUCUCUAGUGAUUUAACUCAAAAGGAAGGAGUAUUCAGGAUGAGGAUAGCCUUCUGUUUCAUUGUUGUCGCCAUUUCUGGGGCUGUUUCAUAUGGAAUAGACUCAAAUCCCUUCAGCGAUGAGUUCAUAGAUCAUAUCAACAGCCAACAAACCACUUGGACUGCGGGCAGAAAUUUCGAUAAAAACACUCCGAUGUCUCACAUUCGUAAACUACUUGGAGCUCUCAAAUCACCGGUACCUAGAUCAGCCAGGAAUGUUGUUUUACACAGCGAAGAUACUCCAAUUCCUGAAUCCUUCGACUCUCGUGAAAACUGGCCCAACUGCCAGAUUAUCGGAGUAAUCAAGGAUCAGUCCUCCUGUGGUUCAUGUUGGGCUGUUGCAGCAACUUCCGCAAUGAGUGACAGGAUUUGCAUUCAUUCUAACGGGAAAAAACAAAUAUCCGUUUCAGAUGAAGACUUGAUAUCAUGUUGUUACGAAUGCGGGGAUGGAUGCUACGGAGGAUAUUCUUUUCAAGCGUGGAGUUAUUGGAAGGAAACAGGUCUUGUUUCAGGAGGACCUUAUAAUUCGACGACGGGAUGCAGAGCUUAUUCCUUGGCACCAUGCGAACAUCAUACAAGCGGUUCCAAACCGGCAUGUCCUAAAGAUAUUUCUCCCACUCCAAGAUGCACUAAACAGUGUGACAAAAAAUCUUCCCUCUCUUAUCAAUCUGACAAAUCAUAUGGAGAAAAAUCUUAUUAUCUCAGUGCUUCGGAAAAGCAAAUACAAUUGGAAAUUUUGAAAAAUGGCCCCGUUGAAGCUGGAUUUGAUGUAUACACAGAUUUUCUAAGUUAUAAGAGUGGUGUCUACCAAUAUGUUUCUGGCAUACUCGAAGGUGGACAUGCUGUGAGAAUUUUAGGAUGGGGAGUUGAAAAUGGUACACCGUACUGGCUGGUUGCAAACUCCUGGAAUGAAGACUGGGGCGACAAGGGUUUAUUCAAAAUAAUCAGAGGAACAGAUGAAUGUGAAUUCGAAUCGGAAAUAGUAGCUGGAUUGCCAAAGUUGUGAAUUUCAGAUGACUAAUGAAUGCUCCAAUCGCUGUUUUCACAAUAUAUUCAAUUAAUAUUGUUCUUAACUAGCAUUCAAUAGAUAAAUUGAAGAUAUUGUAGUCCGUUGAAAUAUAUCAUUAUCGUACCCA